AAGUCAUUGUAGACAGACAUCAAGCAAAAAACCAAAACCGAUCUCAGAUUCGUAACUUCCAAUCAUCAAUGGCGCCCAAGACAGAGAAGAAGCCCGCGGAGGAGAAAUCGAAAGCCGAGAAAGCUCCGGCGGAGAAGAAACCAAAGGCCGGGAAGAAGCUACCGAAGGAGGCCGGAGCAGGCACAGGCGGAGACAAGAAGAAGAAGAUGAAGAAGAAGAGCGUCGAGACGUACAAGAUCUACAUCUUCAAGGUCCUGAAGCAGGUUCACCCGGACAUCGGAAUCUCGAGCAAGGCCAUGGGGAUCAUGAACAGCUUCAUCAACGAUAUCUUCGAGAAGCUCGCUGGUGAGGCGUCGAAGCUCGCGAGGUACAACAAGAAGCCAACCAUCACUUCUAGGGAGAUUCAGACCGCGGUGAGGCUUGUGCUUCCCGGAGAGUUGGCGAAACAUGCUGUAUCGGAAGGGACCAAGGCCGUCACGAAGUUCACCAGCUCCUAGACUAUGAGUUGAAUUAGAGUUCCUUUCUUGUUAUUUUCUGUAUUGCAAAUUUGCAAUUUCACGGUUUGUAUGUAGUGCCUAUUGAUAUGUUUCGAAUCGAUGUAUCUCGUUGAGAUUAAAAGCUCCCUUCUUAGCAAUUGGGUUGUUAAUUAUAUCAUCUAGAAACCUAAUUUCGUUGGUCCAA